AUGCAAGACCCGUUUCUGGCACUGUCGCCGUUCAAGAACAGCGAAAACCUGCUUGUAAGACACUCGCUCGAAAUCGCGGUGUCGUUUUUUCUGUAUCUCUUCGUCGUGGAGCGUCGGCUGGCGCCCGCGAUCAACCGUCGCGUCUUUGGAACGCACUACACCAAGUGCACAGACCGCAGCACGCGAAUCAACUUCGAUAUCCACACGGUGUCGAUGGUGCAGUGCGUGGUGAGUCUGUCGCUGACGGCACCCAUUUUGCGUCAGCCGCUGGCCGCCAGCGUGUCGACAUUCCAGGACCCCUUCAACUCCAUGGUCGCGGCCCUCACGUGCGGGUACUUCCUCUGGGACGUGUGCGUGUGCGUGAAACACUUUUCGCAGUUCGGCGUUGGGUUCUUGGGCCACGCUCUCGCGUCGCUGUACGUGUUUGUGAUCGCUUUGCGCCCGUUUUGCCAAUCGUGGGUUGGCAAGUUUUUGAUCUUUGAGGCGUCCACGCCGUUUGUCAACGUCAACUGGUACUUCAGCCAGCUGGCCGCGGGCGGGAAGGUCCCGCUGUGGCUCAACGCGCUGAACGGCGUAAUGCUGAUCCUCACGUUUUUCUGCGUGCGCAUUGUUUGGGGGUUUUCCGCCAUUGCGAUCCUGAUUCGCCAGCUAUGGCUCGAACGCGAGCUGCUGCCCGUCUGGCUACCUCUCACAGUGCUGCUCUUGAACACUGCCCUCAAUUGUUUGAACUUGGUAUGGCUAAACAAGAUGAUUCGCAUUGCCAAGAAAAUGGCGAAACGCAACCGCAAACAGGGCUAG